UAUUUGUUUAGAAUAGAUCAGUCAUUCAACAAAUGUACUACAACGCGCCAGCAGAAUUAUACCCGUGAGAAUACCGCUCAAAAUGCCUGUUUAGGGAUUUCUCCCGCACACCCAGUGUGCUUUUUCAUUAAAGCAACAUGGAGUCGUUCAUUCUACCCCUUGAAGCCGCAUCGGCAAAGCGAAACAACAACCAUUACUACAAUCGUAACAUCAACCUGUACAACAACCACCUGUACAAUAGCAAGAACCAGUACAUAAACUACAACAAAGAUGUACACCAUGGAGACAAUAGAUAUGUCCAGCCUGGCCUGCCUGGGUCUAGGCACUGGCCUAGAUACUGAAACUGAUUUCUCUUCAUCAGUUGAUUUCAACAUUUUCCAGUCUCCCAGUGAGAUGGAGAUAUUCACCGACCUGGCAGGUAUUGAAGAGGUGGAGGUGAAGGAGGAGGAGGAGUUGAGUAGUAUGCUCACCGACAUCAUUGAUGAGGUUGGUAUUGGAUCCCCGGAUUCCAUUGUAUCCGACCUAGAGAAGAAUCAGUUACUGAUAGAUGAGGUUGAAAAUUAUCUGAAAGGUUCUGAGGGUUCUUUUGCCGAAUCCGUUGAUGAAUCAUGGUCCCAGCAAAACCUGGCCGCCGAGACGGAUAAGAUUUUUGAGGCUCUAACCUCUGGAAAUGUUAUGAUGGAUACUGGAUCACUACUCAACAAGAAUGACCUAAAAAAUGCCUACACCACUAGUGUAACCGGGAAGAAUGGUGAGAAUGUUAUCAUCAUCAUCGCGCCGCCCUCCCCUCAACAUCAAGAUACAAGCUACUUAAUGUCCUCCAAUUCUAAUUCUAGCUUCUCAUUUGCUCUGCCCCCAUCUCCCUCCGCCGCCUCCCCAGCCCCCUCCGCCGCCUCUCCAGCCCCAUCCACCUCCUACACUAGCAACUAUGAGUCAGAUGUUGACUGGAGUCCAAACUCUGUCUCUUCUCCCAUUACUUCAACACGUCGUAAAUAUCAACGUAAGGUUCGAAGCACACCUCCUAGCGCCCCCUACCCCAAAGAGAAGGGUGAGCGUAAGAAGGCUCAGAACCGGAGCGCGGCGUAUAAGUACAGGGAGAAGAAGAAGGCUGAGCAGGAUCUGGUGGACAGUGAGCUCCUCUACCUGGCCAACCGUAACACCGUGCUGAAAAGAAAACUGUCCGAUAUGGAAGUUGAAUUAAAAUGUUUAAAGAAGCUGAUGAAAGAAACUGGUCUCUUGCCCUAGAGACCUGUUCCCGAGGUCUAGGCUCUAAGGUUCAGAAUCUCCCAGAAGGAAGGACAGAUAUAAGAUCCCGCUUCUAGUAGUUUCUGAACCUAGAUCAAUGCUGCUGAACGGUUGAAUGCUACGGAAUAUUUGAAUGAUGCUCCUGGUAUUGAUUUAGUUCAAUACUCUGGUCUGAUGAUACAUAUUUCCUGCAUAAAACUGUUCAGAAGUAGUAAACACUUCUAUCUUAAUUAUUUUUUGAGCAAAUUAAUUGUCUGCUCACUUCAAAAUAAAAUUUGGAUUUAUCCUUA